AUGCCUUACCUGAUGCCUUACCUGAUGCCUUACCUGAUGCCUUACCUGAUGCCUUACCUGAUGCCUUACCUGAUGCCUUACCUCCUGCCUUACCUUCUGCCUUACCUGAUGCCUUACCUCCUGCCUUACCUCCUACCUUACCUGAUGCCUUACCUCCUGCCUUACCUGAUGCCUUACCUCCUGCCUUACCUCCUGCCUCACCUGAUGCCUUACCUCCUGCCUUACCUGAUGCCUUACCUCCUGCCUUACCUCCUGCCUCACCUGAUGCCUUACCUCCUGCCUUACCUGAUGCCUUACCUCCUGCCUUACCUCCUGCCUCACCUGAUGCCUUACCUCCUGCCUUACCUGAUGCCUUACCUCCUGCCUUACCUCCUGCCUCACCUGAUGCCUUACCUCCUGCCUUACCUGAUGCUUUACCUCCUGCCUUACCUCCUGCCUCACCUGAUGCCUUACCUGAUGCCUUACCUCCUGCCUUACCUCCUGCCUCACCUGAUGCCUUACCUCCUGCCUUACCUCCUGCCUUACCUGAUGCCUUACCUCCUGCCUUACCUCCUGCCUCACCUGAUGCCUCACCUGAUGCCUUACCUCCUGCUUUACCUGAUGCCUUACCUCCUGCCUUACCUCCUACCUUACCUGAUGCAUUACCUCCAGCCUUACCUUUUGCCUUACCUCCUGCCUCACCUGAUGCCUUACCUCCAGCCUUACCUUUUGCCUUACCUCCUACCUUACCUGAUGCCUUACCUGAUGCCUUACCUCCUGCCUUACCUGAUGCCUUACCUCCUGCCUUACCUGAUGCCUUACCUCCUGCCUUACCUCCUACCUUACCAGAUGCCUUACCUCCUACCUUACCUGAUGCCUUACCUGAUGCCUUACCUCCUGCCUUACCUGAUGCCUUACCUUCUACCUUACCUGAUGCCUUACCUUCUACCUUACCUGAUGCCUUACCUGAUGCCUUACCUCCUGCCUUACCUCCUGCCUUACCUUCUACCUUACCUGAUGCCUUACCUUCUACCUUACCUGAUGCCUUACCUGAUGCCUUACCUCCUGCCUUACCUGAUGCCUCGCCUGAUGCCUUACCUCCUGCCUUACCUCCUGCCAACCCAAGUCCUAGAACUCGAAUCACCAGCAGAAACAACAUCAUCAAAAGUUAAGUAUUAUUCUAUUCUAUUGGAUCUCGUUUUAAUAGUGUAUACCGAUUCUAAAUUCAAUAUGUAAACAUUAAUAUUUUUUCUUGAAUUAAAGUUUUCCGCUAAAUCCUUAAUUACCCCAAGGGCCAUCAUUAAACUGCUUAAUUCAUCCAGGUAA